AUGGCGUCCCUGGUGGUCCUGGUCUUUGUCCAUCUGCUGACAUGUGAAGUCCUUUCAGUCUCCAGACCUCGAUGCGACCGCUGUGACCAAACGUCCUGUAACUGCUCAUGGAAACAACUCCAACAAGUCCCCACCACGACUUCCAAACUCACCACCGUCCUCAACCUCUCCUUCAACUGGAUAACAUCCAUCCUGCAUGACGACUUCCUUGGAUAUUCCAGUUUGAGGUCUUUGAUUAUUAGCAACAACAGAAUAAACAUGAUUGACCGGGAAGCAUUUUCACCUCUGAAGAACCUGGAGAACCUGGACCUGUCUGAAAAUGAUCUGGAUACUUUGUCAGCAGAAUGGUUCAGACACCUUCCCUCUCUUCAGUCCUUGAAUAUUUUGGGGAACAGAUACCAAUCACUGAGUCAGGACAGUCUGUUUCAGCCGCUGAAGAACUUGAAGAAGCUACAUUUUGGAGGACCACUGCUUCAGUCUGUUCGGAAGGGCGACUUUUCAGGACUCGGUUGCCUGGAGGAGUUGGUUUUUGACGGCAGAAACCUGCAGAAGUAUGACAAAGGAAGUCUGAGAGUGAUUGAGGCUAUUAGUCAUGCAACACUUGGUCUUAAUGAUCCGUUUCAGAAGAAUUUGCAACUUGUAGAAGACAUACUCAGUGACGCUGUGCAACCGAAUACAACCCUGACUUUCACCGACACAGAGUUGUUUAAGAACUAUCAGAUGUCUCCAGUUGAGUUGGCCUUCAAUCGUGGCAUAAGAACCUUCUCUUUUAAUAACUGUAACUUGUCAGUUGAGGUUUGUUUCAAGCUUCUGGAUUUAAUGUCUGACUCUGAAAUCAGUACAUUUAUGAUUGAAGAUACUAAAGUCAUGUUAUUGUCGGAAACACAGCUUGUCAUACCUAACAACCAAAAACACCUGGAAGUUGUUUCCUUCAAAAACGUUGAAGUAACUCCAUUUCAUGUUUUCCCAGCUCUCAUUUUUCUGCAGCCAUCAUUAAACAAGCUGCGGCGGAUUUCUGUGUUGGAUUCAAAGGUGUUUGCGAUUCCAUGUGGAACUGCAGAUUUUAUCAGCUUAGAGUACCUGGACUUAAGUCAGAACAUGUUAUUCGAUCUUACCUUUAAGGAAAUGAUGUGCGACGGAGAUGGUGGAGUCUUUUUGAACCUCAAAACCAUCAAUAUCAGCAAGAAUCACCUUGAGACGAUUGACAGUGAGCUCUUUACUGGACUGAGAAAGUUAGAAAACAUCGACAUGAGUGGGAACAGCUUUAAUGACAUGCCGGACACUUGUCAGUGGCCCCCAGCUCUUAGGUAUUUAAACUUGUCAUCAGCUCAUCUAACACAGGUGACCUCUUGUCUGCCAGAAAGCUUACAGAUCCUCGACCUUUCCAACAAUUCUUUAACUGUGUUUAAUUUGAAGAUGCCGUCUCUCACAGACUUGUACAUCUCUGGCAACAAAAUUGGCAGUUUUCCCCAUGGAGGUUUGUUCCCUCACCUCACUUUCAUGUCCAUUCAGAAUAACGGCUUGCAGACAUUCAGCCAUGACAGUCUGGAUGAAUACAAAAUGCUGGAUAUUCUGGAGGCUGGUGCAAACACAUAUGUCUGUUCAUGUGAUUUUGUGGCUUUCAUGAACAACGACUUGACGAAUCGAGUCAAAAUCAGAGACGAGUUCAAGUCCUACAUCUGUGAGUCUCCUGACGCCGUUAGAGGGGAGGUUGUAACGGAGGUGCGACUGUCGGUGUUUGAGUGCCACACUGCUUUGGCCUUUUCUCUGCUGUGUUUCAGCAUCCUGGUUGUGGUCCUGGUCAUUGUUGGCCUUUGUUACAAGUUCAAUGUCGUGUGGUACAUGACAAUGACCUGGGCCUGGAUCAGGGCAAAGAGGAGGCCUGUUAUAACCAAGGGGGAACUCAAGUACGAUGCCUUCGUCUCCUACAGUGAGAUGGAUGCCGGCUGGGUGGAGGCUCACCUGAUCCCGGAGCUGGAGGAGUCCGAGCCCCCUCUGAGUCUCUGCCUCCACAAGAGGGACUUUGCCCCCGGAGGCUGGAUCCUGGACAACAUCAUGGAGGCCAUAGAGCAGAGUCACAAGACGGUUUUCAUCCUCUCUCAGCAUUUCAUCAAGAGUGAAUGGUGCAAGUAUGAGCUGGACUACACUCACUUCAGGAUGUUGGACCACAACGACGACACCGUGGUUCUGGUUCUGCUGGAGCCCAUCGACAAAAACACCAUCCCCAAAAGGUUCUGUAAGCUGCGCAAAGUCAUGAACUCCAGGACGUACCUGGAAUGGCCUGACGACGACAACCACAUCCCCAGGUUUUGGCAAAGUUUGAGAGCAGCUAUUGCAAAACCGAUGACUGUGUGUUGAAAGUAGUGACAGAGCUGUUUGUGCCUUCCAUCAGAAGAGUAAUGUAACCAUGUGCAUCUGUUGAUUUACACAUUUAUUUGUACAUCUAUUCAUUUAUUUUCAUCAAUAAUCACAUACUCCAUACAUGUCUUGACUAUAAUCCUCGUUUUACAACAUAACCAGAAUGUUUCUCGUUAUAUAACUGUGGAUAAAACUGAGGGGUGACAUGUCAUUUGACACCACAUCUGUUAAUUCUGUUUCAUUGUAUUGAUUAUUUUUUCCCUUUUUAAUUGUUUGUUCAUCUUUGUUCAGUUUGUUCAUUUAGUUUCUUAUUUUGUUACAUUUUGUUGCCUCCUUAAAAUAAUGGCCUUUAGUCAGAAUUUUCAAGUAUUUUCAAAAAAAAAACUGAAAAAACUGAACCAAAGGUAUGAGGAUAUGAUAUUUUUUGUUUUUAGAAAAACCCAAAAAUUAUGCCACUUGUUGCAUGGGGCCAUGACAUCAUGCACUGUUUACUCCUGUCUGUGGCUCUCUCUCCCAGUCAGGCUGGUAGACCUGCAGUUCAUUUGAUAAUCCUGGGCUCUACAAAAGCCAGUCAGCUGAACAGAGACCCAGACACAGAAAGACCUCAGACACACAGUUUCAGUUUUUGGCUAGAAAGCCUUUUUCUGUAAGUUAACAUUUAGUUUAGCUUAUUUCAGACACAAACA